AUCAAAAAGCAUUAAAAAUAAUGCCAAACGAAUUUCUAUGCAGAACUUGUGCCGAAACAAUUUUUAAUUCGACUGGGAAGAAAAUAUUUGAUGAGGAUGACAAUGAGAUUCUACAGAAUAUUGAAAAAUUAACUGGAAUGCGGCUAAACGACGAUGAACGGCUUCCUCAGUACAUUUGUAACUGUUGCCACUUGGACUUGUAUCAUUCAAUAACAUUUCGGGAGCGAUGUAUUUACGCACAAAGUGUUUUGCAGCGUGUGAGACCAAACAACACAACAGGCCAGCCCAUACAAAACACAAGCAAGCAACUAAAAAUACAAACUAAACAAAAGCCAAAUCCUGUGACUAAGGAGAAGCUCAAUCAAUCAAGAACAUUAGACAUCGUUACCGAUCCUAGUCCUGAAAUUGAAAUUUCUUCGCAUCAGCGCAUUUUACGAACUCGUUCAAAGAAUUCGAGUACGCCAGUGAAAAAUCUUAGUAUAAAACGAAGAAGACGUUCUCGCGAUAGUUUAACUGAUUUGCCUCCAAUUGAAACGGAUAAUAAUUAUGAAAAUCCAAGCUUACAGCUAGUGAAUCUUGAACAACCUGAAGCAACUAUCAGUGAAAUACCUGAUGAAAUUUACAAUGAAUCUCGAGAGGAGCUAUUUUCUCCUGCUGCUAGUGUGGAUUUUAUAACAUCAUCUGAGCAGCAGGGCGACAAAGUGUCCAACACAAAGAAAGAAAAGAGGCUGGAGAAACCUACGGCAAAUAAUAAAGUCUAUAUAUGUGACAUUUGCGGACAUCAGUCCUGUAGCCAAAAGAAUUUGGAUAUUCAUAUAAUGCGCCACAAAGGCGAAAAGAAUUACGAAUGCGAGGAAUGUGGCGCAAGGCAUUACACUAAAUAUUUGCUGAAACUGCAUAUUCGUAUUAAACAUCGAGGCGAAGCACCAUUUGUAUGCAGAUAUUGUGGACAGUCCUUCUUCUCUGGCAGUGAACGCGUACGCCAUGAAAAAGUAAAUCAUAUACGGGACUUUAAUUACAGUUGUAAAGUUUGUGGCAAAAAAUAUAUAACAAAAUCUUGUUUAAAUAAACACGAAUUUCUUCACACUGGCUUGCGUCCUUAUCGCUGCGACCUGUGCAAUGUAGCCUUUCCACGUAAUCCUGGCCUUAAAAUACAUCUUCGCACCAAACAACAUCAGAAGAGAGCUGCCGAAGCAUUGAAUGACGAAAAUAAUGUGACGGUCAUAAAAGAGAUAUUAAUCCAAAAUGAUGAGAUAGUUUUUACAGACGGAAACACAAUAAUAGAAGUAAUUGACGAGCAAAAUAAUUGUACCGAGCUGUUGUCAACAUAAUUAAGGCGGCGUUUAUUUGAAUUGUUUGCCAUUCACACAAAAUCGCAGUUACAUUCAGGUC